AUGGGCGAGUUGACGGUAUGGCAGAAGUGCUUCAACACUCUCCAGAUCACAAACUACUACACCCAGCCGCCACUUGGUUUGAAAUGGCGAAGUAAUACCAUCUUCAUCCUCCUCACCAUCGGCAUAGCCCUCUUCACCGACCUCUUCCUCUACGGCCUUCUGGUUCCCAUCCUGCCCUUUCUGCUUGAGUCGAGGGUCGGCGUCCCACCGGAUCAGGUCCAAAGCUACACUUCCGGUCUCCUCGCCGCCUACGCCGGAGCGUCCGUUUGCUCGUCUCCGGUAGCUGGAGUUCUGGCUGAUAAGGUCUCGACGCGGCAGUCGCCUUUCCUGCUUGGUUUGGCUGUACUGCUGGGCGCUACUAUCCUGCUUUUCCUUGGGGAGACGGUACCGGUACUCGUGAUCGCGAGGGUGCUGCAGGGUGUCAGUUCUGGAGUCGUAUGGACUAUUGGACUGGCGCUUUGCAUUGAAACUGUCGGCCCUGCGAAUUUGGGCAAGACGGUCGGUACGCUCUUCAGUUUCCUCUCAGCCGGAGCGAUAUGGGCCCCGAUGAUUGGAGGUCUGCUAUGGGAAAAGGCAGGCUAUCUCGGCGUAUUAGGAGUCAGCCUCGCGGUGCUGAUGGUGGACUUCUUGUUGAGAAGUCUGGUCAUCGAGAAGAAAGUGGCGUACAGGUACGAGACGCAGGACCCAACGAGCGAGUGGACGCCUGGGACUACGCCGGACGAUGAUGAUGAUGAUACAGAACAGCAGAAUGGGACUGAGGAGGAUGGAGAGCAGCAGCCACUACUGCAGAAGAACAAGGCGGAAGAAGCUGAGUUGUACCGACUACCUGCGGAAAAAUCCAGGAUCGCCCGCGUCGCCCCGAUCAUACCAUGUCUCGCCAACCCAGCUCUCCUCACGUCUCUCUGGCUCGCAUUGAUCCAAGCCAUGCUGCUUGGGAGCUGCGACGCGACUGUCACGACCCAUUCGCGAGAGCUUUUCGGCUUUGAUUCUUUGAAAGCGGGAUUGAUGUUCCUGCCACUCGGCCUGGUGGAUUUGAUUGGCAGUCCUCUCGCCGGCUGGAUCGUGGACCGCAGUGGGACCAAAUGGGUCAGCGUCAUCACCUUCAUCUACCUCGUUCCGGUACUCGUCCUGCUCCGCCUACCGCACGAGGGUGGACUCCAUCAAAUCCUGCUUUACGGCGGCCUGCUCGGUCUGCUCGGCAUCGGACUCUCGGGGACCGGCGCGCCAGGCAUUGUGGAGGCAGGUUCCGUCGUCGAGAAGUUCCACGAGCACAACAAGGACUUUUUCGGUCAGAGCGGGCCUUACGCGCAGCUGUACGGCCUGAACAGCAUGAUGUUUAACCUCGGCCUGACGAUCGGUCCUGAGCUGGCCGGGGAGCUUAAGGAGCGGAUCGGGUACGGCAACAUGAACAUCGUCCUUGCGGUGAUAUGCGGGAUCACUGCGGUGCUGUGUUUCCUGUUCAUCGGUGGGAAGCCGAGAAUGCCGUGGAGGAAGGACAGAUAA